AUGGCUUCGGUUUCAAAAAAUGAUUUUGUGAACAGAUUGUUGAAUUUCCGUCUCGAAGAAGGAGCUGGCGAAGAACAGCCACCGCAGAAUAUGCUGCCCUCGAACCAGCAAUCCAGACAAGGAAGCCACGUCGAUGAGGAAACGGGACACGCGAGCGAACCUAUGCCUUCCUCGUCAGCGAUCGAGAACCUUCAGCCGACGAACAACAAUAAUGGCCGUCUUCACAACUGGCAGGCGACUAAAACUACAGUAAAAGAACGCUUGUCAUUUCUGUUCAAUAACGAAAUACUAUCAGACGUUCACUUCAUAGUCGGUAAAGACACGAACCAGCAAGUGAUACCCGCUCAUAAGUUUGUACUCUCAGUGGGUAGUGCCGUGUUUGACGCCAUGUUUAAUGGGGUGCUAGCAACGAAAUCUGACGAAGUAGAACUCCCAGAUGUUGAACCUGCUGCUUUUCUGCACUUACUCAAGUUUCUAUACUCAGAUGAAGUGAGAAUCGGGCCGGAGAGCGUCAUGACGACUCUGUACACCGCUAAGAAGUAUGCUGUUGCUGCACUCGAGGAACAUUGUGUUGAUUUUCUCAAGAGCAAUCUAGGUACGGACAAUGCAUUUCUAUUACUGACCCAGGCGAGACUGUUUGAUGAACCACAGCUGGCCGCUCUGUGUCUGGAGAUGAUCGACAAGAACACAACAGAUGCUCUGAAUGCCGAGGGCUUCACUGAUAUAGACCAAGAUACAUUGAAUGCUGUAUUGGAAAGAGACACACUACGAAUCCGCGAAGCGAAAAUCUUUGCCGCUGUGCUCCGUUGGUCUGAAGCAGAGUGCAUCAGACGUCAGCUGCCCGUCACACCGAGCAACCAGCGAAUGGUGCUCGGCCGAGCCUUCCAUGCUAUCAGAUUCCCUCUCAUGUCAGUGGAGGAGUUUGCGAUGGGUCCAGCACAAAGUGGAUUAUUGGACGAUAGAGAGAUAGUCCAAUUAUUUCUAUACUUUACAGUCAAUCCCAAACCGAAUGUAGGAUUUCUUGACACUCCCCGAUGUUGUAUGACGGGUAAGGAACUGACAGUGAACAGGUUCUCACAGACUGAAUCUCGUUGGGGCUACAGUGGAACUACUGAUAGAGUCAGAUUUACAGUGGAUCAGAGGAUUUUUGUUGUCGGUUUUGGGCUGUACGGAUCGUAUUUCGGACCAUCGGAAUAUGAAGUGCAUUUACAGAUAAUCCACCUCGCUACCAAGAAGGUGUGUGGUUCCAACACUACUACGUUCUGUUGUGACGGUUCCGACGACACCUUCCGCGCCAUGUUCAAGGAACCAGUCGAGAUACUCCCUAACACCUCGUAUAUAGCCAGCGCUAAACUCAAGGGCACUGAUUCAUACUACGGUACCCGUGGCUUGAGGCGAGUCACAGCUGAUUGUAACAACGGUGAGAAGGUUGUAUUCCAAUUCUCAUACGCUGCUGGGAAUAAUAACGGUACCUCUGUAGAAGACGGACAAAUACCGGCCAUCAUAUUCUAUAUAUAA